AUGCCCUCCCCCACCGACUCCAGUCGCUCGCUGACCGGCCGCAGCUCCCGCAGCCUCACCCACCUUCGCCUCCAGCGCACCUGGCUGCAGGUCCUGCUGGUCCUGGGUCUCGUGCAAGCCAUCCUGGGCGUCCUCAUCGUCACCUUCAGUCUGGUGGCGGCCACCAUCACUCCCUCCACCAAAAUCCGUCACUCCUGCCCGUCCUGGGCCGGCUUCUCGCUCGCACUGUCCGGGCUCGUCGGCAUCAUUUCCUGGAAGCGGCCGCUCACCCUGGUGAUCGCCUUCUUCACGCUGCUGUCGGUGCUGGGCGUCAUGCUGAGCCUCGCCGGCUCCAUCCUGUCGUGCCAGAACGCGCAGCUGGUGAAGACCCUGGAGGCCUGCGAGAGGGAGAGGGACACGUGUGUCUGCUGCCAGGCCCGCUCGGAGCCCCCACCCGCCUCCUGCAGCCAGCAGAGCGAGAUGCUGACCAUGUUCCCCAACCCCAACUGCCGGAGCAUCCGUGUGGCACUCAAGGAUCUCCUCUUCAGUGUCUGCGGCUUGACCAUCUUCUCUACCAUCAUCUGCACGCUCUCUGCUGUCGUGUGCUGCAUCCAGAUCUUCUCCCUUGACAUUGUCCACGUGCUGGUCCCACAGCGCUCGAGUUCUGUGACAUUGGAAUGCACGUCCCCACCUGACACGUUUCUGCAGAGCAUGAUGGACUUCGAGGAGUUUGUGCCCCCAGUGCCACCACCCCCAUACUACCCACCUGAGUAUACCUGCAGCUCUGAGACGGAUGCACAGAGCAUCACCUACAAUGGCUCCAUGGACAGCCCUGUGCCCCUCUACCCAACCGACUUCCCCCCAUCAUAUGAGACUGUGAUGGGGCUGCGGGGAGACAGCCAGGCCACCCUGUUCGACUCGCAGCUCACAGAGGGCUCCCACGCCUGCACCUGCGACCGCGUCCCCUCCAUUGUGCUCAGCGGAGAAGUAUCCAUGGACAGCGGGUCCCUGAUCAUGUCCGAGAUCAUGGACAUCCCAGGGGACAGCAGCCCCUCGGAGGACUCGUGCCUGCUGGAGCUGCAGGGCUCCAUGCGCUCCGUCGACUACGUCCUGUUCCGCUCCAUCCAGCGCAGCCGCGCCGAUUAUUGCCUGAGCGUGGACUGCGUGCAGUGCAGCCACCACGCUCGCAGCCCCACGCUGGGCUUGCAGGGCCCCUUCGAGGAGACGCCCCAGCCCCGCGUGCGGGGCGAGCGAUCCUACUCGUGCUCCACGGCGGAGCCCGGCCACGACGGCAUCUUGGUGGGGGGAGCCGUGACCCACAGCUGCAACCGGCUGGCGGGGCUGGCGCGCUGCGCCGGGCCCUGCUUCCCCGAGGUGCGGCUCAAGGACAAGGGCUCCUCGCUGCAGGGGCGCGGCGCUGGCCGCCCCUCGGACACCGCCGCCGGCCGCCCCGGCCACCCCCGGCGCAACAGCGAGACCUCCUGCCCCUCGUCCCCGGCCCCAGGGCUGGCCCCGCGCCCGCUCCUGAGGUCACACAGUGACCCCGGCGUCCCGAUGGCCGGCCACGCUGCAGAUUUCAGGGAAGUACUUUAUACCAAAGCACUGGAGGACACCGUGUCUGACUCCUCCGCUGAUACAGGGCUGUGCUCUGAAGCCUGCCUGCUCCACCGUUCCCACUGUGACUCCCCGCCGCUGCUCCGGGCUGCCUCGGUGGGGAAGAACAAGCUGCCACCCUGCAAGAAGGUGUCACAGCAGCUGUCAAAGACAACCACCCGCUCCCUGGGGGACCUCAAAGGCUACCGGGGCACCCGCGGGCUGGUGGCCAGGUUCCUGCAGAGACCCAAGCGCAGCCUGGCAGCGGGCAUGGACGUGUCUGGGCACAGCUUCCAUGGGCACAAACAGGUUCCCUGGAGUGCCUGGCCAGGUGCAGAGCGGCCCCACGAAGGAAUCCACCUGCAGAGCUGCGGGGACCUGAGCUCCACCUCGUCGCUGCGCCGGCUCCUGUCCACGCGCCGGCUGGAGCGCAGCCGCCCCCGGAGCCUCAGCGGGACCUGCAAGGAGAGCGCGCUCUGA